AAAGUACAUAAUAUGGUUACACAGUGUUGUUUAAAACUUGAGGGGUACUCAAGUGCUAGCCCUCCAGGGCUUCAAGCACGAGUCACAAAAAAAAAGCCACAAGCUCUUAGAAGUGCACAAUAGAAAAAUGUAAAUAACAAUAUUCAGGCAUUUAUUCCUCUGCUGCCUCUAGGAUUUUUCCCUUGUAUCAGACUCUGUGGUGGCUUCUAUCGGAUCUUCAGAUCCCUGAUCAUGGCUAAACAGACAGGGAAGGAUUUUCUGAAGGAGCCCAAGGUGUUUGUUAGCUCGAAGAAAUCGGGGAAAGGAAAGAGGCCAGGAAAAGGAGGAAGUCGGUUUUAGAAGAGUAUUGGUUUGGGGUUCAAAAUCGAGGCAAUUGAAGAAACUUAUAUUGAUAAGAAGUGUUCAUUCACUGGCACUGUUUCUAUUAGGGGGUGGAUACUUGCUGGUACCUGCCACAGAGCCAAGAUGGCGAGAACCAUCAUUGUUAGACGUAACUAUCUUUACUAUGUGAAGAAAUAUCAAAGGUACAAGAAAAGACACUCUAACAUCCCAGCACACAUAGCUCCUUGCUUUAAGGUGAAAGAAGAAGACCAUGUCAUCAUUGGCCAGUGCAGGCCAUUGUCGAAGUCUGUGAUGUUUAAUAUAUUGAAAGUGAUUCCUGCUGGAUCAUCCACAAGUGGUAAUAAGAAGGCUUUCACAGGAAUUUAA